AUGAAUGAUCGUGAAGAAGAUCAACCAGAAUCUCCACAGGUGCUAACUCCUUUAGCAACAACUGCUGCCACUCCCACAGCCACUGCACUCAAAGCUUCAAACCCUACAGCCAACACCAUAACAAACACUGGGGCCCCUGUACAGCAAGAUGUAGCACCCAGCUCUCCAAAUGUUGAGUUGGCACCAACAUAUCCUGCAGCUGCAACAGCCAAAUUCCCAGAGCCAACUCCCAACCAAGGACCAGCAAGUGCUUCUAUGCAGCAGGUCCAAACAUCCAUUUCUCCUGCCUUGGCACCAUCAGCUGUAUCAAGUCCCAGUGAUGCAAACAGCUUGCCUUCGUUUGUGAUUGUCUCGCCCAGUCAGGUAGCAACGGGCACACCAUCAACAGUUAGUCCAACUGAUGCUGGCCCAAUGAGCUCUGGUCCCACCAAACAUUUAGGCAGAAAUCCCACACUCCCGUCGGCAGCAAUGGGUCCAUGA